AUGGCCGCGAAGUCGGAUGGAGCGGCGGCCGCGGCCGGCCCGGGGCCCGAGGGGCCGGCGGGAACAGCUCGGGGCGGGGCGGGAGGGCGCGGGGAGGUGACGACGGAGAUCGCGGGCCCGGGACCGGCGGCGGCGGGGGGCCCGGGGCCGCGCUACGAGCUGCGGGACUGCUGCUGGGUGCUGUGCGCGCUGCUCGUGUUCUUCUCCGACGGCGCCACCGACCUGUGGCUGGCGGCCUCCUACUACCUGCAGGGUAACAGCACCUACUUCGGCCUCACCUUGCUCUUCGUGCUGCUGCCCUCGCUGGUUGUGCAGCUGCUCAGCUUCCGCUGGUUUGUCUACGACUACUCGGAACCCGCGGGGACCCCGGGACCCGCCGUCAGCACCAAGGACAGCGACGGAUCCGCCAUCAGCACCAAGGACAGCGCUGUCGCCUUCCGGACCAAAGAAGGCAGCCCGGAGCUGGUCCCCCGGCCCGCGCAGUCCUCGGCCAGCACCUACCGCCGACGCUGCUGUCGCCUCUGCGUCUGGCUGCUGCAGACCCUCGUUCACCUCCUGCAGCUCGGCCAGGUCUGGAGGUACCUGCGAGCCCUGUACCUGGGGCUACAGAGCCGCUGGCGCGGGGAGCGGCUGCGGCGCCACUUCUACUGGCGGAUGCUGUUCGAGAGCGCGGAUGUAAGCAUGCUUCGUCUGCUGGAGACCUUCCUGCGCAGCGCGCCACAGCUGGUGCUGCAGCUCAGCCUGCUGGUUUACCACAACCGAGAGCCAGACCUACUGACUGCCCUCUCCAUUUCUGCCUCCCUUGUGUCCCUGGCCUGGACACUGGCAUCCUACCAGAAGGUACUGAGAGACUCGAGAGAUGACAAGCGGCCCCUGUCCUACAAGGGUGCUGUAGCCCAAGUGCUGUGGCACCUCUUCACCAUUGCAGCCCGAACCCUGGCUUUCGCCCUCUUUGCCAGCGUCUACAAGCUCUACUUUGGCAUUUUCAUCGUAGCCCACUGGUGCAUCAUGACCUUCUGGGUUAUCCAGGGUGAGACAGACUUCUGCAUGUCCAAGUGGGAAGAGAUCAUCUACAACAUGGUGGUGGGGAUCAUCUACAUCUUCUGCUGGUUCAACGUCAAGGAGGGCCGCAGCCGCCGCCGGGUGACCCUCUACUAUUGCAUCGUGCUGCUGGAGAAUGCAGCGCUCACCGGCUUCUGGUACUCCAGCCGGAACUUCUCUCCCGAUUUCUACUCUCUCAUCCUGGUCUGCGUGGUGGCCUCCAGCUUUGCACUGGGCAUAUUCUUUAUGUGUGUCUAUUACUGUCUCCUGCAUCCCAACGGGCCCAUGCUCGGGCCCCAGGCACCAGGCUGCAUCUUCCCUGAAGCUCCGGGGCCCUGUGCCCCUCCAGCUGAUGCCAUCACAAGUCCACCAAGAUCGCUGCCAAGGACUACAGGCACUGAGCGGGAUGGGGCCUCGGUGGGAGGUGAGCGAGCCGGGACCCCUACACUGCCUGUCUUCCAGGUGCGACCUGGCUUGCCUCCCACGCCAGUAGCUCGCCCCUUGCGGACAGAGGGGCCUGUCAUUCGGAUUGACUUGCCUCGGAAAAAGUACCCAGCUUGGGAUGCUCAUUUUAUUGAUCGCCGGCUCCGGAAGACCAUCCUGGCUUUGGAGUAUUCUUCACCUGCCACACCUAGGUUGCAGUACCGGAGCAUGGGCACCUCCCAGGAGCUGCUAGAGUACGAGACUACAGUGUAG